GAGCAGCAUCAGUCAUCCUCAGCAUCACUUCGCUUUUUAAGUUAGUAGUUUGUUAAAUGAUAAAACACGCCUGACAGCGGUUCUGAUGCGUGGUCCGCAGCACCUCUCUGGAUUUUAAGAAGAAGCCCUGAUGGGCAGCGUUCUGGCCUUGUCUUCCAGUCUCGGCCACCAGAACUGGCCUUUCUCCACCGAACCCCCUCCCUCUCGCUGGGAUGCACAUCCAGCUCACUGGGACAGCCCCCCCCGCUGGGAGAGGAGAGAUGACCGUUUGCCCAACCCAGGCAGCUUCCACUCUCUUCACAGGAGCUGCAAAGACGUGUUUCCCAAUCAGAUUGAGGGUGUCAAAAUGAUUGUUAACAAAACUCUGAGCAGUUUCUUCAAGGUCAGUCAUACGCUCCACCUCAGUGCUGUUAGUCCAUCCUACUAUCGAUUCCACGUGGAGCAUCUACAGUCUGAUGACUGCAGCAAAGACAAGGAUGCCCCAGCAUUGAUCGGUGAGAUGGACUCUUCAGGAAGUCUGAACGCUCACGCUCUGCUACAUCUCACUGAGCACAUUCGAGCCAGAACAGUGUUUCAGACCCAGCAGUCUCAGUUUGUAACAUGGCAGUUUGAAACCGAGUACCGAGGCAGUGACUUCACCGCUGCUGUGACGGUGGCCAACCCAGACAUCCUCAGAGAGUCAGUCAUCCUUGUGGCACACUUCCUGCAGAGUGUGUCCUCGGGACUGGUUUUGGGUGGGGAACUGGUCUACCAUCGAGGGCGGGCAGAGGAAGGGGGAAUCCUUACCUUGGCGGGCCAAUACUCAGGACCCAACUGGGUCGCGACGCUGAAUGCUGGCAAAGGAGGCGCCCAUGCCAGCUACUACCACAGAGCCAAUAAACAGAUCCAGGUCGGGGUGGAGUUUGAAGCCAGCACCAGAACACAGGAAACAACAACCUCGUUUGGUUACCAGAUGGAGCUCCCAGAGGCCAACAUGGUGUUUCGAGGGAUGAUCAACAGCCGCUGUAUAAUAGGAGGUGUGUUGGAGAAGCGUUUGACGCCGCUCCCAGCCACCCUGAUCAUGGGUGCCUUUGUAAAUCACAGAGGUGACAAGCUGCAAGUUGGCCUCGGUGUCAAUGUUGGAUAACCUCCACUUCCCUAAAAUGGAAGCAUGAUUCCCCGUCAGGACAACUUUCCAGGCUUUCCACGGUUUAUCGGCUGUACCAAAACUCUUCCUGUUUGUCUACCCUUAAUGGAUCUCACCUGCAGCCUACCUCUCAGUUCCCUGAGGAUGCUUCCUGAUGGACAUGAGAGUUGUACUGAAGAAAUGGAUGGGACUUUAAGUAGGUGCAUAAUAAAUGUGUGUCCCUCUUAACCCUUCCUGCGGAGGAAAAGUCAAAGGACCACAAACUUUAUGUACCACAAACCUAAAAUAUCAUUUUUAUACUAUAGAUAAUUCAGCAGGAAAUGUGUAUGGAUCUUGUUGAAUAACAGAUCAUUUCCUGUCUACCUUCACUGGUGUUUUUCAUCAUUCAGGGAAUUGUUGGUUGAAAAAUGACCUUCAACGUUAUGCUUUUUGCAGCAUUCUUCUGGAGUUUAUGAGCUUGUUUACAUAUUUUAGUGUAAAGUGCUUUGGUGUCCUCUGACUCAGAAAGACACUGUGCAAGUGCAGGUCAUUUAUCAUUAUCAUUUAUCAUAUUCUAAUACAAAUCAAGUACUAAUGGAUCCAGAUUUUGUGACCGGAUUCAUCUAUAAGUGAACUAAACUGCAGUAAAAUCCUCUCCUAAAGCAUCGGUAUGACCUCUAAAGUGUAGGAGUGUGUUUGGUACAGGGUAUAUGUGACUUGAUGUGAAGGGGGAAAUGCUCAUGCUCUGCAUGAGGAACGUGAUGGCUCAAUGCACAGAGAGAAGACAUUGUUUAUAAAUGAAGAUGUGGAAACACUAACGACUUUAAUGAAACUGGCAUUUCCAGCCUUUUUUUAACUCAUAACAAAUUGCAGAUGUCUCAUUUUUGUCAGCAUGAACAGAGAAUCAAGAGAGGUUGUUUAUUUGAUGUUAAUUUAUUAAAAACAUUUAUUUCUGUGUUUA